UCCAGACGUCUCAGCGCUUUCACAGCUCAGAGAUAAUAUUCACGGCGAGCAGACGUUUGCGUCAGUGUCAGAUAGAUCUCAAUGCCACCCUGCCCCGGGGGGAGCACAGUGGGCAGACGGGCUGGGCAGGCAGGCAGAAGCCCGCGGCAGAGCCCCCCGAGCCACCACCCUGCUGUGUGCCCCACGGUCAUGCUGCUCCUCCUGCACCUGCUGCCUGCCAUGCUGCCCACCGCCGCCCUGGCCAGCUGCACCGGGGCGGGUGCCGACCGGCAGCUCAUCCUGGCCAAGGUGCGGGCUCGGGUGCUGGAACAUCUGAGUCCCCCCCUUCUCCAGGAGGAGCCACAGAUGGAAGCAAGGAGGGUACACCGGAGAGAUGUCCUUGAAAACACCGAAGCGGAGCCAGAGGAGCUGGAGGACACCUCCCAGGUGAUCUUAUUCCCUACCACAGAUGUUCCCUGUGAGCCCACACAGCCAGACAAGCUGCUGGAAGAAGAAGGGAUUUUCACCUACCUCUUCCAGCCCUCGGCACACACUUUGAGCCGUGUGGUGACUUCUGCCCAGCUCUGGUUUUACACCGGCCCCUCGGCUGCCCCCAACCACUCAACCCCUGAUGUGCUGGCCCUGUCGCCACAGGGCCAGGUGCCGGUGACGGCCAUGGCGGAGCAGACACCCGAGCACUGGACAGUGUUUCACUUGGCCCCGGUGCUGCUGCCCCAGCUCUCACAGCCACUCUUCGUGCUCCUGGUGCGCUGCCCUGGCUGCCCUUGCCUGGCCGAGGGGGACAAGAUGCCCUUCCUAGUGGCCACCACCCGGGCCAAGGGCAGUGAGAGGGCUCGUCGCUCUGCCGUGCCCUGGUCCCCGGCCGCCCUGAGCCUGCUGCAGCGCCCAUCGGAGGAGCUGGCUGCCCACACCAACUGCCGCCGGGCUUCCCUCAACAUCUCCUUCGAGGAGCUGGGCUGGGACAAGUGGAUCGUGCAUCCCAGCAGCUUUGUUUUCCACUACUGCCACGGGAGCUGCGCUGCAGGCCACGGGCUGAGCCACCGGCUGGGUGUGCAACUCUGCUGUGCUGCCCUGCCCGGCACCAUGCGCUCCCUGCGCGUCCGCACCACCUCUGAUGGCGGCUAUUCCUUCAAGUACGAGACGGUGCCCAACAUCCUGGCCCAGGACUGCACCUGUGUCUAGGGCAUCCUGCAGCCCAGCCCCGGACCGUGAUCCCCCCCAGGAGGAGUUGCUUUCCCAGUGGAACCCUGGCCACUGGGAUGGGGCAGUUUGGGCUGCACCACCCUCCCCUGUACAAGCCAGAUUUUUGGGCUGGCCCAGGUACCAUCACAUUGCCAGACCUGCCCUAGGGCCAGUCCCAGCUCAGAGCAAAUCAGGGCAUGGCAGGGCAGGGAUAGGCACAGCCUGCAGCAAAGGCAUCACUGCCCGGCGAGAGCCAGGCUGCUGUCUGCAACCAGAUUAGCCCUCAUCUCUCCCCACCUGCUUCCCUCCCCCAGUUCUGCCCCCCCACAAAGAUUGGUGUCUUGCUCCUGCUGCAGAAUUAAACAGCUUCCCUGUGCUCCAGGCAGGGCCAGGCUGCUGUGCCAGGAUCAGGAUGUGCCUGGGUGAGCCCGUGCCGGGACCUCACACUGGUGGCAGGGCUGGCAGCACACGUGGCACCACAGGCGAGUCCUCUCCUGGCAGCAAAGCUUGUUGGAAAGCUUAAUGGGAUGAGCGAAAUAAACCUGUUCCCUUUACUAAA